CCGUCUGUCGUUCGCACUGCUUCCUGCGUUUGACAGCAAUAUGGCGGCGCCCAUAGCACUUCGCCUGCAGUUUGGAGGAGGCGCAGAGCUGCUUUUUGACGGCGUAAAGGAACAUCAGGUGACUCUUCCCAGCCAAUCAGAGCCCUGGGACAUGAAGCAGCUGCUAGUCUGGAUCCAACGGAACCUGCUGAAGGAGCGUCCCGAGCUCUUUGUCCAGGGAGACUCUGUGAGGCCGGGGAUCCUGGUGCUUAUCAAUGAUGCCGACUGGGAGCUGAUGGGGGAAUUGGAGUACCAACUGCAAGACCAAGACAAUGUUGUGUUCAUUUCUACUCUUCAUGGAGGCUAAAGAAACACAGAAAAACAAACACACACGCCCAACAGCUCUGUGACAGAGACACAGCCUUGUCUAUACUCCUUCGCCCCACUUUGCAACAAAAUGUCUCCCCAUUGGACGCCGUGGAUCUGUCAGCCAGCUGUGUGUCAGAUGACCCGGAGGUGAUUGAUGCUCUCCCGUGGGAAUGAGUGGAAAAUCAGAGAUGUUUACAGACUUAAAUUUUACAGACUUUUAUAUGAACCCCAAACUUCUCAGCAAGCUGCAGGAGCUCAGACUGUGGUCUCCCUGGUCAGCUUGCAGGUGUAAGUGUGUAAAUAUACCAAGAUGCUACGUCUCCCUCCACCUCUCUACUCCAGAGCUUUACGGCUGAAGAAAAUAUGUGCUCAUUUUGAGGCUCAUUUGGAGGCUGAAAAAUGCCCUCAGGUUCCUCCAGAAUGGAAUAGAAAACAAUAAAAAAAGGUCUUCUGUAGAGCAUUUUUAAUGUGCCUCCUUAAGUGUUUUGGUCCCAUUUGGUUUCAGAAUAAUUUAAAUUUCUUUCAUAUGUUUUAUUUACCAUUAGCCUCUGAUGAUUUUUUUUUCAAUGAAAUGCAACAACUUAUCAAUUAUAUUUCCCUGUUAACAGUAAAAGAAAAUAGAUUAAUAAGUACUUAAUAUCAUCAUAAUUAUUGUAAUUAUUAUUUUAGGGCAGUGCCUUGGAUCUUUGUUUUAUCCUAAUUUUUGUGUUUGUGUGGAUUACGGCCAACAAAAUUGUGACCAAAAUAAUAAACUGAAAUAUGAAAUUAAUUUUACAGCAGACCAGUGUAUUUCCACUCUGUGUCUUCCUAUGAUGUUACACUGUAGCCUGUUACACAGAGAGAAUUUAGCCCAGUAAGUCUUUUUUUUUUUUUUCAUAUGUGAGCUGGCAGGUGUUCUUUUUUCUGUCUACUCUUAUUACCUAAGCACAUUCAGUCACAGCGGCGGGAUUUCAUACAUAAAAAUUGCUUUUUUUUUUCCAACUUGAUGUACAAUUUGCCUUUCUCACAGGACCAUUUUUUGCAAAGAAAAUGGCAACAUUAGGAAUGAAAGUAGGAACAUGUAACUCUGAUCUAAUGUUUAAUAAAAGAAUUUCACUACCAA